GCUGCGCCCGAGCGAAGGAUGAGCCGGAACGACGCCGCCCCGGGAGACCCAGGAGAGGAGCGACUUCCAAAGCAAGUCAAGGAGGAGGUGGGACCACAGGCCUGUCCCACGAGGCAGGAAGCGCCCACUGAGCCCUUGGCUGGAAAAGGCAGAGAAAAUGGACUGGGCUCCGCUGGGCUGGGGCACGGCUGCUUAGACACCCUGCCGAGUGACUCCGGGCCGGCCGGCGACGAGGGGCCUCUGGGGGGCCCACGGGUGGGACAUGCCUCCUUUGGGAUGUGCCGGCCCCGGAUGGGGGAGCUGCCACACUGGUGCCUGGAGUGCGGGAAGAACUUCGGCCAGAAGGGCGAGUUGGAAAAGCACCAGCUGAGCCACGCCGGGCCGUGCUCAUACAUCUGCAGCGACUGCGGCAGGAGCUUUGUGGAGCACGUGGCCCUUGCCACGCGGCCAGGGGCGUGUGCCGCCACGGGGAGCUCCUUCAGCCACAGUGGGUGCCGGCGGAGGUUCUUGCCCCUGUCAAGUGAGACGGUUGUGCAGAGGAAGGAGCGGAAGGAGCUGUCCCUGCAGGAGAAGGUCCGGGUGCUGGAGAUGCUGGAGGGGCCCAAGGUGUCCCAGAGCGAACUGGCAAAGCGCUUCGGCGUCUCCCAGCCCCAGAUCUGCCGCAUCAUCAAGAACAAGGAGCGCAUCCUCGCCGAGUGGUGUAAGAACGCCAACCCCGGGCGCAAACGCAAGCUGGAGGACAAGGCCGUGCCGGGCAGCACGGCCCUGCUUCAGUGGUUUGAGCGCAGCUGUGUGCCCAGCGCCCCCCACAACGGGGUGCCCCUGCCGGGCCGGGCCGGGCACCUGUGCGAGGCGUUUGGGCAGCCAGAGCUGGCAGCCGGCUGGCUGGGCAGCGCUGGUGCGAAGCAGAAGAGGCCCCUUCCCGAGGAGCGGGCCGAGGCGGAGUGCUGGGACAACACCCUGCUGCCCUGCAUCCUGAGCCGGUACGACCCGCCCGACAUUUACGCCUGCGGCGAGGCGGCCAUCUUGUUCAGAGCCACUCCGGAAGACCUGGCUCUGGAGAAGAGGGAGGCAGGCCAGGAGCAGCUCACCGUCUUGCUCUGCACCAAUAUGGACGCUUCGGAUAAACGCGACGCUCUGAUUGUUGGCAAAGCCCAGAAGCUGCUCCCCUUCCAAGGGGCCGAAGCGCAGGAGUUCCUGCCCGCCACCUACCGCGCAGACAGCAGGGCCUGGAUGACGGCGGCCAUCUUCGCCGAGUGGCUUCAGAAACUCAACGAGGACAUGAAAUGCAAGCGGCGGAGCGUGGUGCUUUUCCUGGCCCAGUGUGGCGCGCACCCCUACGCCGAGCUCUCGCACGUCAAGAUGGUCUUCAUGCCGCCGGGCCUGUCCCGGGUCCAUCCUCUUGAGCACGGGGCCAUCCAGAGUUUCAGGUGCCACUACCGGAGGAGGCUGCUCACCCGCCUCCUCGUGGCGCUCGACGGCCGAGCCCCUGCGGCGCCCCCAGGUCAGCUCUCCGGGCACCCGACCCUGCUGGACGCCGUCCACACGGUCGUCCAGGCCUGGUCCGAAGUGUGUCCCCGGACCAUUCAAAGCGGCUUCCGCGCAGCAGGUCUGGGCUCCAGCCCCCGCCUCCCGACUCCCCCCGUGGACGUGAUCCGGGCGCUAGGCUUUCAGACGCAGGAGCAGUUUGAGCAGUUUGCGCUGGUGGACGAAGGGCUGGAGUGUUUUGGGGAGCAGGAAGGGGCUGACGCGGGCCCGGAGGACCCGCCGGCUCAAGACCUGGCGGCGGAAGGGCGACGGAAGCGGGAGGACCAGCCCCUGCCAGCCCGUCCCACCAAGGCCGACGUCAUGGAGAGCCUGGCCCAGCUGAGGCGCUACUUGGAGUGCCACGCGGUGCCUCCCUCCGUGUUUCAGGCCUUCUAUAAGCUGGAGGACGUCGUUCACGGGCUGUCCCUGGCCGACAUGCAGGGGCUGGGGCUAAGGACUUGAGCGACGGCCCGUUCAGAGGCUGGACGGGGAAUGGCGCCCUUUGUGAAGACGGUUGGGUGGAAUUCGGAUUUCCACGUGCCCAGAUGGGCUGGUGGGAGUGGACUUUCCCAUCUCCUCCGCAGGGGAGUGGCCCCUCCAGCCCCCUGGAACUGGUGCCGGGAGGACCAGCCUGGCCGCCACGGGGCGGGGGGGAAUCCCCCAGGGCCCUUGAAGAAGGCCUUCCCGAUCCUCCGAUGCGCUUCGUUCUUUUAUGAUCUUGUGUCACCCCAGAGGCACUUGACAGCGAUUUUUCUAAAACUGUCUGGAUGGUAAUCCAGUCCUUUGGGGACGUAGUCUAGGAAAAGUCUUUCCCAUUUUUUCCUGGGUGUGAGGGAAAUACUUAUCUCACUGCACGGGGAUCAUUGCAGCCUCCCAAAACCCGACACCUUCCGUGUGCUGGGAGGCUCUUCACGCAGCUGGGUCACGUGCGCCAAGGGCCACUCCACCCCAUCCAGUUCCUUUUGGCCGACAGAUCCCACAAUCCCUCAGCACUGGCUCCGUCGCUAUAGGAGCUGGGGGCGAAACAUCUGGAGGGACCAGUGGCCCUCACUGCCCUCCCCGAGAUACCAAGGCCAUAGUCCUCGCCCGCUGCCCAGACCCCCUCUGCACUGCAAGCCUCUUGGACCAGGGGCGGACCUCCCUCCCGGCCCAUGGCAUGCCCACUCCCACACCCCUGUUCUCCAGGUGUGUCAGCCUGCAGCUCCCACCAUUCCCAGGCAGAGAGGACCCGUCAACUCACAUCUAAUUGCCUGUGAUCUAAUUUUCAAGGGUAUAAAUAUUCAGACCUCUGGAGUAGCAAUAAAUGCUUACAGAGCCCAA